GGGCCAGAUCCUUUCAUUGCUAAUUGUUCUAUUCUGGGCUCCUUCCUGGCCACUAGGGGGCCAGGAACAAUUUAGAAACAAGCACAGUUAUAAAUGAGCACGAUUAGACAUGAACGACGUGUAUGUUCCCCGUUCGUGAAUUUUCGCAGGCAGAUGUCCUACUUCAUGUGCCAACCAGCUGGUUGCGAACGGCCUGUGUGUACCCGGACCCCGCUCCGGUUCUGGCCGGGCCAGUCCUCGGCUCGGGCUGGGCACGCCGACUCCUGGGCCCAGGAUCGGCACGGCGAGGGUCGGCGUGGGAGUCGUUCGCGCCCUCCGACAGGUAUCGAUCCCCUUCUACACAAAGCACUUCAACAUGCAGCUCGUGCACAAGUACGAUUUCCCGACGAUGAAAUUCUCCCUAUAUCCCAGACGAUUUCUUGGAGCGUACCCGGGACGGUGUGACGCUACCCACGCCAGGGACGAAAGAGUCGGAGAAGUACUUGUGGAGCAUGCAAGGCACCACCCUGGAGUUGACUCACAACCACGGCUCCGAGGAGACCCCCUCGACCCAGACUUCUCGGUCUGGAGCGGCAACUCUGGGAGCGACCUGCCCAAGGACAGCCCGCUCUACAGGGAGGACGUGGUGCGCGGAUUCGGCCACGUCGCGUUCAACGUGGAGGACGUCUACGAGGUCAGCAAGAGACUGGAGGAGGACGGGGUCAAGUUUCAGAAGAGACCCGACGAGGGUCGCAUGAAAGGCCUUGCCUUCGCGCUUGAUCCGGAUGGAUACUGGAUAGAGCUUGUAUCGAGGACCAAAGGGCUCUUCCAGGAGAGGGAAAUCCUUUCGCAAACGAUGAUGCGCGUGAAGGAUGCGAACGCAACCAUUGCCUUCUACAGAGACAUGAUGGGCAUGACGCUGAUACGCGCCAUGCACGUCCCGAACGACUUCAGCAACUACUUCCUCGCGUGCCUCUCCGAGGAGGAGAAGCAGAAGGCCCCCGACCCAGAGGGCCCCGACGCGAGGGACUUUGUGAAGACGCUGUGGCAGCCCGUGCUCGAGCUGACCCACAACCACGGCACCGAGCUGCGGGAAGAUUUCCAGGUCCACGCCGGCAACUCGGAUCCAGCGCGUGGCUUCGGACACAUCGGCUUCCUGGUGGACGACCUCGUCGCCAGCUGCAGCGAGCUGGAGGCAGCGGGCGUGAAGUUCUUCAAGAGGCCCGAGGACGGCACGAUGCCGCAGAUCGCCUUCGCGCUCGACCCGAGCGGGUACAGGGUGGAGCUGAUCCAGAGGAACUCCACUUUCGCGGGGAUGUGUGCGAACUUCUGACGCAACUUGUUGUGGCGCCAGCAUUUCCUCUGCGGCCUCGGUCCGCGCGGUCUUCCGAAGAGGUCCGAUCAACACCAGCUGUUCGCACAGACAUGGCUGGCGCAGGCUGUAAAACCGUGCUGCCCAGCCCCUCACCCCGACGAACACGUUUUUCCUUUCUCAUCGCC